AUGCCUCCAAGAGGGAAUCACACCGUUCUCCCUCGACCCAAGCUGGCCACAGAGGUCAAGUACAGAGGGGUCAAGAAGAGACCAUGGGGUCGUUAUGCCGCCGAGACCCGCGAUCCAAAUCGGAAAAUUCGUGUCUGGCUCGGCACAUUCGACACCGCAGUGGAAGCGGCGUAUGCCUAUGACAAUGCAGCGCGUGCGUUCCAUGGCGAUAAGGCCAAGCUCAAUUUCCCCAUCACGACAGAUCUCAAUUUUCCCAUCCCUACCAACAACAACAACUCUGUCGGGCGCAUUCCCAGCCAAGGAAGUACCUUCGAGUUCUCCUCUUCGGUAUCGUUGAAUCUCACUCUCACUGUUGCUGAUACAACCGCGAUGGUUUCCUCUGUCGCCGCUAAUGCUAAUGCAGUCUCCGCAAGGGUUUUCAGCGUCGCUCCUGGUCACCCUCUAGAAUUCUUUGAUGCCUUGACAAUUGUUGCCGCCGCCACGAGGCAAGGAAGAGAACAGAGUGAAUCUGGGUCGUCAUCCACCGUUGAAAUUGAACAAGUCCUUGUAGGUCCGAAUCAGGUAUAUUUUGACCUUAACGCCCCACCCUUACCAGAUAAUGCCUAA